UGAAGUUUGUAUGGGAAACCCAAAUAAGCAGGACUUCAACGCAGACCUGGCAACCCUAUGUGCGGGUGUAAACAGGAAGUGCUGUUGCUGAGUACAGCACGGAAGCUUCAUUACCUUUUCGCCUUGUCAAUGAGGUGAAUGUGUACAGAGUGAUCAUGGGAAAGAGCUGUAAGGUGGUGGUGUGUGGCCAGGCAUCUGUGGGAAAGACGGCCAUCCUUGAACAGUUACUGUACGGAAAUCAUGUUGCCGGUUCUGAAGCCAUGGAGACGCUGGAGGAUAUCUACAUCGGCUCUGUGGAGACAGACCGAGGCACACGGGAGCAGGUGCGUUUCUACGACACGCGGGGUUUGCGUGACGGUGUCGAGUUCCCACGCCAUUACUUUGGGUUUGCUGACGGCUUUGUGCUGGUUUACAGCAUCGACAGCAAAGAGUCCUUUAAGCGCAUGGAGGCUCUGAAGAAAGACAUCGACCGCUGCCGUGACAAGAAAGAGGUGACGAUCGUGGUUUUGGGGAAUAAGCUGGACAUGGCAGAGCAGAGGAGAGUGGAAAGUGAGGCGGCUCAGCAGUGGGCUCGUCAGGAGAAAGUCCGGCUCUGGGAGGUUUCGGUGACCGACAGGCGCUCUCUCAUUGAGCCCUUUGUCCACCUUGCUAGCAAGAUGACCCAACCACAGAGCAAGUCCACCUUCCCUCUGAGCCGCAACAAGAACAAGAGCAGCGGCUCCCAGGACAGCUAGACGGGCAGGAAGGGAACGAAAAAGUGCACAGAAGGAGCAGAUAUGCCAGAGAGGAACAUGAAGAAGUGACUGCUGUUUUCACAAAUACCUUUGGCAUGAAAGACUGAAUGCUAGCUUGAUUAAUAAGGGUUUAUUUUAUGCAUAUUAUUGUUCUUAUUUUAAUGAAGGACAGGAAUGUUAAGGCUUCAUUUAUCAUAAAACACACACAUGUGAACCGAAGCAGAGAUGAUCGGUUUAUGUUACUGACUCCACAAUCAUGUUACAGCUCAGGCUGAGGUUUCUUGACAUUCAGUAAGCUUAAAUAUAUACUGUAUAUAUUUCCUCUGCUUGUGUCCUUAUACAUGGUAUUAAAUGGUUUAUGAAGGUAUGUCUUUAUUUUUAUAACUAAUCUGACUUGAAUGCUGAUACCAUAGAAUGUAGUGACAUUUCUCUCUCGGUGCUGAAUUUGUGUGUGUGUGUGUGUGUGUGAGGAGUUCAGAGCACAUACUUUGGCUAACAAAUUAAAACUCUGCAGUGCCGUAGCCCUUCAGGAUAUACGCAGUCCCUCUGUACAGUGUCAUUUCCUGUACAAAGCCUACUUCAGAGAAUAAAACACGCACGUCAGCUUCCUGCAACACGACGCCAGUCAUUUUAAAGACUUAGAGAGCGAUAUGGAAAAGAAAAGUCUGGAACCACUGAGACUAAAACUAUACAUUUUAUUUUAUUGCUAUUUAUUGUUUACAUACUCUAUACUCUGUAUACGCAAUUUCUCAAGCCUAGUCACGUUUUUGCAGAUUUUGCUCAAUAUAUUCUGAUGUUCUUCUUAUACUUAUUCUUAUUUUCUCCUGUAUUUUAGUGUCCAAUCAGCUGCUUGUUAUUGUAAUAAAGGAGCUAUAACUGUA